CUGGAAAAAGACCUUAGAAUCAACAAAAAUAUCAUCCAGUAUAGUAUAUAGAAUAUUUUGAUACCAACAAACUUAAAUUUUAAAUUUUACGAUAUGUAUUAUAAGAAUAUGCAAUGUUACAAUUACUACACGUGAAAGGAACUGAAAGCAUAUCGAAUAUAAAAUAUAUUAGAUACUAUUAUUUGCUUUCUUCACUUAUUCUCUAUAAUUUUUAUAUUCGAUAAUUGUAUCACACAGAAUCAUAUUCUAUCAUGUAAAUGCUACAAUAUGUAAAAGAACCCUUCAUCCCAAGAAUAAUAGCCUUGUUUCAUACGAUACAUUGCGUGCAAUAUAUAAUGGAACUAUCGUAAAUAUUUAAUGAAUCGACUUUCAUUGGUAUCUAUUCCAUAAACUUCCACAAGACAGAUUGCUAUUUUCAUUUAGUAUAUUCUAACUUGGAAGAACAUUCGAUGAAAUAAGUAUCUUCAACAAUAUGAACAUUCGUCAAGUACUAUACAUUCUAGAACUGAUAGGAAUAUUCACGUGUACUUGGCCAAUUAAUCCGAAUAUUAGUAAAAGGCGAGUUAUUUUUCGUAACAUUUUGUGGACAUUUUCGAUAUUGAACGUAAUUUUAUUAAUGACAUCUUUGAUGCUCGCUGUUGUUUACUUUCGAAGUGAUAUACUUAUGUCAAUGAAAACUGCCUCCGAAAUGGCCGCUUUGCUCGAAGUCGUUUUGGAUUUGAUUCUUUGCAAAUGGAACAACAGUGAACUGCAGGUUUUGAUAGAAGAAGUCAAAUCGUUCUUGGAGAUAGCCAACGAAUAUGAAAUUAAAAUACUACAGGGAUAUAUAAAUCGUUACAAAAAAUUCUUCUCAACAGUUUCGAUGGGAUACAUCUCAACUGCAAUCUCGUUCAGUUUGAUGCCUUUGUUCUCAGCCCAAGAAUUACCCGCAGAUGGAUGGCUUCCAUUCUCCAUCGAACCAUUCGGAAUAUAUUGCAUAGUCUAUGUUAAUCACGUUUAUUGCAUUUUACAAACGGCAUUUUGCAUUUUUGUAGAUUUCACGAUCGUCAUCCUCUUUAGUUUUCCNNCUGCCAAAUUAGACGUAUUACGGUCAAAAUUGCGGCAUGUGAAUAAUCACGACAUGUUGGUGAGCUGUAUCAAGGAGCAUCAAAAAAUAAUAGGAUUUGUGGAGGAUACUAAAGCUACUGUUGAGACUUUAUUAUUCAAAACGAACGUCACAAUGGGAAGCACUAUGAUGUGCGGAGCUUUCCCAUUGCUUAACAAUCAAUCGUUGGCCGCGAUCAGUCAGUUUCUUCCUCUGGUGUUAUCAGGCAUCUUGCAUUUGUAUGUCAUCGCCUGGCCAGCAGAUGAUUUAAGAGAAAGUAGUGUACAAUUUACAAAUUCGAUUAGCGAUAUCCAGUGGUUGGGUCAACCAAAUAAAAUGAAAAGUUGUAUGGUUUUCAUGAUGAUGAGAAGUCAAAAAGCAUUUCUCAUUCGUAUGAGUAAUUUACUACCACCUCUUUCUUUGGAAUAUUGUUCAAACUUUAUAACUACAGUAUCGUCCUACUUCAUGGCAAUGAGAACUAUGAUUGAAUCAUAAUUAUUCAGGCCUAUAUUAUUUAAAUAUUAAUGUAUAUUAUUGAGAUAUGUAAUAAAUUUAUCGUUUGAAUAGAAAA